GACUGCGGACACAGUACAGGAGAUGACCAGAGACUGCGGACAUAUUACAGGAGAUGACCAGAGACUGCGGACACAGUACAGGAGAUGACCAGAGACUGCGGACACAGUACAGGAGAUGACCAGAGACUGCGGACACAGUACAGGAGAUGACCAGAGACUGCGGACACAGUACAGAGAUGACCAGAGACUGCGGACAGUACAGGGGAUGACCAGAGACUGCGGACACAGUACAGGAGAUGACCAGAGACUGCGGACACAGUACAGGAGAUGACCAGAGACUGCGGACAGUACAGGAGAUGACCAGAGACUGCGGACA